AAGAAAGACAAGAAGUCCUUCAACCAGAGCCUGGCCGAGUGGAAACGCUUCAUCUACAACCCGACCACCGGAGAGUUCCUGGGGCGCACCGCCAAGAGCUGGGGUCCAUGAAGUGCCAUUUUCUCAAUCACCUGUUUCCAUUAUGGGUCAUACCUCAGUAAAUGCUCUGCUUUGGAGAUCAGACACCAUCUCAUCUUGGGUGUCUGACUGUAGGGGUCCCCAGAGGUUUGAUCUUGCUCUUCUACCUUGUCUUCUAUGGGUUCCUGGCUGCACUCUUCACAUUCACAAUGUGGGUUAUGCUUCAGACUCUGAAUGAUGAGGUUCCAAAAUAUCGUGACCAGAUUUCUAGUCCAGGACUUAUGGUUUUUCCAAAACCAGUGUCAGCGUUGGAAUAUUCAUUCAGCAUGUCUGAUCCAGACUCCUAUAAAGGGUACAUUGACGACCUUAAGAAGUUUCUAAAGCCAUAUGCUUUAGAAGAACAGAAGAAGAAGAAUCUCAGAGUCUGUGGUGAUGGAGUACUCUUUGAACAGAGUGGUCCAGUUUACGAAGCAUGUCAGUUUCCUCUUGAUUUACUUCAAGCAUGCAGUGGGGUGAAUGAUCCUGACUUCGGCUACUCCAGUGGAAACCCUUGUAUUCUUGUGAAAAUGAAUAGAAUAAUUGGAUUAAGGCCUCUAGGAAGACCGCGCAUAGACUGCACUGUUAAUUCUAAGAGUGGAAACAAAACAGCUCUAUCAGCUUAUCCUCCCCAGGGAAACAUAGACUUAAAAUAUUUUCCAUAUUAUGGGAAAAAACUGCACGUGAGCUAUCUACAGCCGUUAGUUGCUGUCCAGCUCAGCUUUGGUGCUAGCAGUACCCCAAAAGAAGUAACAGUCGAGUGCAAGAUUGUUGGAUCACCCAACCUGAAAAACCAUGAUGAUCGUGACAAGUUUUUAGGACGAGUUGUGUUUAAAAUCACAAUGCGUGCAUAGUUGGAGUUAGAAUAUGUUCACAGAGUAAAUGUUGUGUUGUCUGUCUUCAUUUUGUAUCAGCUGGACCUGACAUUCUAGAAUUACGAGACCACCUGAGAGAGGUGGGGUGGUACAUGACACUGCGGUAACAUUGUAAUGUGCUUCCAGGUCGUAGUGUUCGGUGUCCUCUGAAGUAACUGCCUGUGCCUCUGCUGCCUUUGGAACCAUUGCUAGUCACCAGACGGGGACUGAACACCUGCUUCUGAACAUGGGGUCUUGUCCUAUUUUUUUAUGUGGUUUAAUUGCCAGGUGUCUAAAGCUUAAUGUGCUGUGCCAUGUAAAUAUUUUAUAGAUUUAACACUGGUUAACUGUCAUAUUUUGAUGCCAGCCAAGAUUUAGGGGUGAAAUGGUACCUGACCAACAUGCAGUGACUUUACAGCUGCAAAACGUGUGUGGAGAAGUGUGUGUGUGAAGAGGAAAUAAAAUAAAAGCGAAUUUGAAAGGUUAUCUUGAGUUUUUUGUAAAGUUAUUUUUUACAUGCUGAAUUAGUGUGUGGAUCUUUUUUAUUAAGAACACAAACUGUUUAUUGUAAAACAUGUAAAAAAGAAAAAGUAGUGAUGGGAUUAUAGUGCUGGGGCUAAAUCUCUUAAUGAAAAGUAUUUUAGACCAUAGAUGAAACAGCAUUUUUAGGUUACCCAGUAUGAAUAUGCACCUAAUUUUUUAAUGAAAUUAAAUUCCUAAGAUUUAAAUUGUAUGAUAGUUUGUGAAAUAUCUUGUUACUGCUUUUAUUUAGCAGAUU